CCAACUUUUUGCAAUCUGUAAUAGGCCACCAGAAAUGGAAAAAAGACCUCUAGUUUAUUUUGAUUUUUUUUUUCAUCUUAUUUUCUAAAAAUUGAAGACUGUACGGAUGACAAUUUAACACGCAUGGCAAAAGCGAUGUGCGAAAUGAUGCAACCAUUUUUCGAAAAUAUACUAGACAAAAAGUUUAACGCUUUGAACUAUGCUAAGAACAAGUUAGUGCAGGAAAUAGAAGAAAAGAAGGCAGAGAUUGAAAGUAAGGAAAUUGAGCUGCAACAAGUUAAGGAACAAACAAGAAAAAUUGAAGAUAACUUUUUGGCAACUUUGAGAGAAAAAGAAUCGAAGAUACAAGAAUUGGAAAGAGAAUUGAAGAAAUUGAGGGAACAGUUGAAUCUAUCUCAACAGAACCUGCAAUGCAAAGAAGAUGAACUGACAGCUGAAAGAGAAAAAAAGGAAAAACAGGAUGAGAUUGAAAGUAAAGAAAAUGAGCUGCGACAAAUUAAGGAACAAAUACGGAUAAUUGAAGAUAAAAAUUUGGCGGCUAAGAGAGAAAAAGAAUCAAGGAUACAAGAAUUGGAAAGUGAAUUGGAAAAUUUGAGGGAACAGUUAAAUCUAUCUCAACAAAACCUGCAACGCAAGGAAGAUGAACUGACAGCUGAAAGAAAAAGAAUAGAGAAGAAGGAAAAACAGGAUGGUAAACUAGUAAUUUUUAGUUUUAAUUAAACCAGCCAAAAUGUGAAUAUCAUCUAGAAAUAAAUGUUCAAUGUACAUAUUAAACAUUUUUUAUUUUUAAAUACAAUUAUAUUUAUAUCAAAUGGCUUUACUUCCAAAUCUAAAUAAGUGUAUCACCUAUGAUAUUAUAAAAAGCAGUAUCAAUUUUCCCUCAGCUUUGUGUUUAUGUCUUAUCGAAACACCGUGAUCUUGUGUUAACAUAAAUCUUAAUAAUUAUGUUUUUGUAUUUCAUUUACUUUAAUAUUUUAAACCAAAGUGGUUAUUUCAUAGAAUUUUAAUAUUUCAAAACCACUUUAAAACCUUUCGUGGGUCCGACAUUGUAUGUAUACAAGUUUCUUUUUACUAAAAAUUCUGUAAAUUUACAGAUCUUGCAACUGAUCUAACAAAUAAGAUAA